UCCCCUCCACGUUCAAUUUGUUUCCUUAGUAAUUUCGAGUUUAGUAAGGAAGGUUACGACUUCACGUUAUUUAUUUAGUCGUAAGAAUUUUGACGUUCAACGUGUUUGCAAUUUUCUAAAAAUAGUUAUUUUUCUUUUUUUUUUUAUUGUAAAAAAGAUAUGUUGAGCGUUUGAAUAGGUUUUGUAUUAAUAAUCGAAUUGAAUUGUAUAUAAUUGAAUAGAAGGUGACUGGUAUACUUGUCUAUCUAGUCGAGGAAAUUUUUGAAAAUCUCGGAAUAAUUAUUUAUUUUAGUUGACUUAUUUGGACAGUAUUAUACUGUGAGAUCUUAAUUUUUGGACCAUGGCUAAGUGGGGUGAAGGAGAUCCUCGCUGGAUCGUUGAAGAAAGACCUGAUGCUACUAAUGUUAAUAACUGGCACUGGACGGAAAAAAAUGCCUGUGCUUGGUCCCAGGAAAAGCUGAAGGAACUAUUUACCAAUAUGAAAAUCGAAGGAGAUGGAGUCUCCUGUACAGUAACGGAAACAGAAAAAUGCGAAGGUGAGGCGACGGCAAAUAAUCGUAAGGGUAAAUUAAUUUUCUUCUAUGAAUGGAAUAUCGUUUUGAAAUGGGUAUCCGAAGGAAAAUCUAAUAAGAUGAUCGAGGGUAAAAUAAACAUUCCAAAUUUAUCAGAGGAAAAUGACAUUUCUGAAGUAGAUAUUGAAGUUACUCUAAAAGAUAGUACAGAUGAAGGGGAGGCGGUAAAACAUUUUUUACAUACGAAAGGUAAAGAAGCAAUUAGAGAAAAAUUGAAACAAUAUGUUUCUUCUUUGAAAGAAGAAUUCACUGUGGGGAUGAUCUUGCCUAAAAAAGACAAUGUGAAAGAAAAUAUCUCUUCUAUUACUUCAGGAUUCAAUGCAAAGAUGCAAAUGAAUUCUACCGCGGUAUCAACAAAUAAAAAGGAAGUAGGAUGUAAAAUCUCAACAACAACAAUUAAACAACAGCAAAAGUUUCAGUGUAGAGCUGAAGAAUUUUACAACGUUUUUACAACAACUGAGAUGGUUCAAGCAUUUACUAAAGGACCUGUAAAACUAGAUUUGAAAAAGGCCGGGAAAUUUGAAUUGUUCGGCGGUAAUAUACACGGUGACUUUGUAGAAAUCACGCCUACGAAAAUUGUACAAAAAUGGCGUUGCAAACAAUGGCCUGACGGCCAUUUUAGCGAUGUAACUAUUGAUAUUUCUGAGAAGAACGAUCAUACGGAAGUUAAUUUAACGCAAAUAGGUGUACCAGUUAGCGAGGAAGAAUCGACGAAAGAGAACUGGGAGAGGUAUUACUGGGAUGCCAUAAAACGUACAUUUGGGUUCGGUUACUUCAUGUGAUCUACGUAUGCUUUAAAAUUUGCACGAUUAUUGAUAAGUAGAAAAAUAAUAAAAAUGUGUAUUGUCGUAAGUUGCCUCGCAUACAUUCAACAUACUAGCCGCAAUUAUAAUCAGCCACGGACGAACUCUUUUCUCAUUCGACGGUGUUCAUUAUAAUUUUUCUUAUUUUUCUCCCCCUCUGCCUUUUCUAUUUAAUACAUUGCAUCGUGUAAGCGGGAUAUUAUGUCCAAGUAUCAUCAACAUGACACAUCUGUAUUAAUAGUUGUAUAUGUCAAAUAAAUCAGGUCAGAUACA